AUGGCUGCCAGUAACUCUUCAAACUCGAAAGGAGCAAUUGUCGAGAGAGUAGACAACUUUGAUGAAAUCCAGUCUAAACGGCCCAAGUUCGAUCACUCGGGCACGCCAAUCGAAGUCACCCAGUCCCCAGACCCGCGCUGGACUUACGGACAAGGCGUCCGGACCAGGGGCGGCGACUCGGCGGUCCCUUCACACAGGGAGAUCGACCCCUGCGCGCCAGACCGUCCGAUGAUCAGCAACUACCGGCUGCUGGUCUCCGGCAUCGCACCCCGGCCCGUGGGCUUCCUGAGCACCGUGUCCAGCGACGGGAGGAAGAACCUGGCGCCCUUCAGCUACUUCCAGGUCGUGGACCACGACCCGCCUACGUUCGUCGUCGGCUUCUCGUCGCGCGCGGGGGCGGCGGCCGCCGGCCCGGGGAAGGACUCGUACCGCAACCUCAGGGACACGGGCGAGUGCGUCAUCAACACCGUGUCCGAGGACAUGAUCGAGGCCGUCAACGCCACCUCCAUCGACGCGCCGCCCGGCGUGUCCGAGUGGGACAUCUCUGGCCUCCGCGAGGCGCCCGCCGCCACGGUGAGGCCGUCGAGGGUCCGCGAGUCCGUCUUCUCGAUCGAGGCCAAGGUCGUCGACGUCAAGGAGCUCGGCGGCCAUGCGGAGGGCGGGAAGAGCGCCGCCGCCCCCGCCGCCGGUAUGGUCCUGCUCAGGGCCACGAGGUUCUGGGUCAGGGAGGAUGCUGCGGACGCCGACUUCAGCCACAUUGAGCUGGAUAAGCUGCGCCCUGUUGGUCAGCUUGGCGGCAGGUCCUAUGGCCGGAUCACGUCGACGUUUGAGGUACCUCGUAGACGAUGGCAAGACGAGGAGCCACGGAGCGAGUUGCUGCAGGGCUUGAGCAGGGCUCGGCAAGAUCAAGAGUAG